GGUCAGAAAGGAACAAUGAGUGAAAAAUGUCUCAUUUUCACAACAGAGUAUCGAGAGCAUGUUGCAGAGUACAGAAUUGGACAGCUGUACAUGAUCAGCAAGCACAGCCAUGAGCAGAGUGACCGAGGGGAGGGUGUGGAAGUGGUGCAGAAUGAGCCCUAUGAAGAUCCCAACCAUGGCAAUGGUCAGCUAACAGAAAAACGUGUCUAUCUCAACAGCAAGCUGCCUAGCUGGGCUAGAGCAGUUGUUCCCAAAAUAUUUUAUGUUACAGAGAAGGCCUGGAAUUAUUAUCCUUACACAAUCACAGAAUACACAUGUUCGUUUUUGCCUAAAUUCUCCAUUCAUAUAGAGACAAAAUAUGAGGACAACAAAGGAAGCAAUGACAGUAUUUUUGACAAAGAAGCUAAAGAUCUGGAGCGAGAAGUCUGCUUUAUUGAUAUUGCCAGCGAUGAGAUCCCCGAGCGCUAUUACAAGGAAUCAGAGGAUCCCAAAUACUUCAAGUCACAGAAAACUGGGAGAGGCCAAUUGAAAGAAGGCUGGAGAGAGACCCAUCAGCCAAUUAUGUGUUCCUACAAACUUGUGACUGUGAAAUUCGAAGUCUGGGGACUUCAAACCAGAGUAGAGCAAUUUGUACACAAGGUGGUCAGAGACAUCCUCCUGAUCGGUCACCGGCAGGCGUUUGCCUGGGUGGAUGAGUGGUAUGAUAUGACUAUGGAUGAUGUUCGAGAAUACGAGAAAAAUAUGCAUGAAAAAACCAACAUUAAAGUUUGCAACCAACAUUCAUCUACUGUGGAUGAAAUAGAGAGCCAUGCCAAAGCAAGAACAUGACAAUGGAUGAAGUCCGAGAGUUUGAACGAGCCACUCAGGAAGCUACCAACAAGAAGAUUGGGAUUUUCCCACCGGCAAUAUCUAUCUCUAGCAUUUCCAUGCCUUCCUCAACCCGCAGUGCUCCAUCUAGUGCUCCA